AUGGACUCCUUUAGCUCUCCGCAGGACCAGCGAGCCGGCGCCAAUGUAUCCCCACAGGCGGCUCAACAGCAGAGCUCGAACCUGGCUGCUCUGGGUCAGCAGAGACAUCAGGCCACGAACCCCUUUUGGCAGAACUGGGCUGGAGAUGAUCCAUGGAAUCCUCUUGCCUUCGGUGCGCCUAAUGAUGGCCAGACCCGUUCACAACUUAUUGGAUCUGCCAACUUUCAAACGUCAUAUCAAGAAUACCGGAGCAAACCAAUUUUGUCGGAAUGUGACACCAACCCGGAGGAUUCGGCUUACGGAAGCCGCUUGACUCAUAGCAUUGGAAACCCUUCUGCUUAUGGUGAAGAUAUGGACCCCGAUGUCCAAACUCUGGAACCUCAAAGUGCGGAUGCGCAGCUUGUCAACAGAAACUUAGAAACCCUUCAACUGCAAUGUCAAGCAGCCACAAACGAUGCUCACUUAUAUCAAGACCAAUGGGUCCGACCUCAUCCUCCCGCAAGUAUUGCAACGGCUCCGGUUGGUGGAGAACGGCGUUGGAUUUGUGGUGAAUGCCAGAAGCGAUGCCGUACACGUUCCGAGCUAAGAAAACACGAACUGAAACAUUCCCUUCCUUGGCACUGCGACGUUACAGGCUGCUCGCGUGAGAAAGGCUUCACUUCUAAGAAUGAUCUUGACAGACAUAAGAGAACUGUACAUAGCGAUCGCACAGUUUCUGGUCGCACCUUCGUGUGUAAUAUUGGCAAUUGUGCGAAGAAGAGUAAAGUUUGGCCAAGGGCAGAUAACUUCCGGUCACAUUUGCAGAGAAUUCACUCAAAGAUAUAUUCAGCCAAUGACGACCUGUCCGAAUAUGUGCAUCGUCCAGUUCCGUCACAAGACCUCGAGGGUGUGGGAGGGAGUGCUAUGGCAUAUCUCCAGGCACAGGAACAUUCGCCUGGCUUGGCCCAUCCCUCAACUAUUCUCUCCUUCCGUGGGCCCUAUGGUGAACGACGAGCUUCACAAUCUCAAUCCGGUGUCAAUAAUCCUCCUCGAGGCUCACCCUCUUUGCCUUUUGAUCGAGAUGCAUCAAGCCUCGCAACAGUACGAGAAGGUGAUGAGAACUUCAUUCACCCUGACAUUAUCCACGGACGCAGUACUCUGCCACCGAAUCAAUGGCCGGUAUCCGCUUCUGAGGAGGAUGCGCCCGGCGACGAUAUCACCGCCUCUGAAGCUGGACAGCCAGACGAUGUUACACCAGAAAUCAUGGACGGCGUGCAGGAAGGUGAAAGAUCAGAUACGGACGUCUCUCGCAACAGUGGAGACUUAGGAAGCCAACAGGCUGAUGUCAGAAUGAUUGACGCUGACGAAGCCCAACGAACUCCCAGAGCGAUUCCUUCACACGAGAAAGAAAGUGAAAGCCCCUCGGAUGUGAGCCCAGAAUCAGCAUACGAUUACCUCCUCGACAAAAUACCCAAAGAGCUAAUUGCAAGCUAUCUGAAGAAGCGGUUCGGAGGCCUCGGGGAGGAGACUUCAAAACUGGAUACGGUGAGCAACAAGAGCCAAACAUACCCUCACAAAUGUCAGAAUUGUGAUAAAGCGUUUCCUCGUCUGUGCGAGCUGAAGAAGCACCAGAAGAGGCAUUCAAAGCCAUACGGCUGCACUUUUGCCGACUGUAAAAAGACAUUUGGAAGCAAGAACGAUUGGAAAAGACAUGAAAGCAUUCAGCAUUACCAGCUUGAGACAUGGAUAUGCGACUGUGCCAAGUCUGACUCUGCUGAACCUUGUGGCAAGGUUUGCUAUCGCCGUGAGAGCUUCCGGAACCACCUUUCGAAGGAGCAUGAGAUCACAGAUACUAGCAAGCUCGAAGAGAAAGUUGAUGGUUGUCGAAAGGGUCGUCACUGCGAUGCUCACUUUUGGUGCGGCUUCUGUCAGGAAACUGUUGAGAUUAAAGAAACGGACAACACCUGGGCGAAACGUUGCGAUCAUAUUGACGACCAUUUCUCUGGUCGUCGUGUACCCAAGAAAGACAUCAGCGAGUGGGUACAUGAGAAGGACCACAGAAUUGUCACCUCGCCCCCCCAGGUAGAUCAGUCUGGAUCCUCAUCCGGAUCAUCCCCAUCUGAUCCGAUAUCUCCUCAGAGCACUGUUUCCACUGAAAACAGUGGUGAAGAUCGCCGAGGCCGAAAGAAGGAUAUGUAUAUGUGGACAUGUUUUCAGCAACAACACGUUGUGUUGUGA